GCCUCACCCAUCCCGUCUGACCCCGACGACUGGAUCUACCAUAUCGGCUCGCCCGGCUACCUAGGACACGAGUGUGUCGGCAGUCUACCACGUCCACUUGUCGCGUGUCUGUCGAGAGGAUCGCCCGGACUGGGAGUCGUCUGGCUGCUGAUCGGCUUCCUCCUCUUCGCCAUUCUCCUCAUCCUCACAACAAUGGCCCCGGACGACACAAUCGCCUGGCCCUGGUGGCGUAGCCUUUUGGUCGUCUGUAUCUCCCUGCCUCUGGUCGCCUGCAUAAUCGGCAUGGCCAUGCACAGACACUCGAAAGCCUUCUGA